UGUAAAUGUUUAAAAUAUUGGAUAUUACAUGGUGUAAAUUAAACAAAUAAGUGUACUGAAGUUCAGUGGUAAUUGGUUUGGGAUAUCGUCGAGAAAAAUGACUGUUUAUAGAAAACAGAAACCUGUCAAAAAAUUGAUCAUUCCCGCUAAGCGAAAUAUGAACCAUACUGUGUAUACUGGCACCACCGACUUUAACCGAAUGUUGGUCGGCUAUCAGCAGAUAAUGGAAUACCAGAGGAAUAGCGAAGGGGAAGCGACUGCAAGUCAGCAUUUCAACCAAUUGGCUAUGGAAUGGAGUGAACAUGAUGGUGAAAUUCCAUCAUCUUCGACAUCCCCUUAUCCCGCACGGCAAGUAUACAGCAUGGCUGCUUACAAGCAUCACUUAAUUGUCGAAGGAAAAGUCAACGAUCUCGUCACGGCUUUUGACAAUAUAGUACUGCGACAAUCUACGCGCCCAAACAUUAAGUCUGCGGUCUGCGCCUCCACGAAUUAGGAUACAAGAUUAAUAAAAUCGACCACCGGCUUGAAAAGGAUACCUAGAAGGAAUUUGGCGAAAGAAACCAGCGCAAUUUCGUUUACUAAUAUAAUUCAUUAAAUAAAAAACAGUUUUGUCUUCUAAAUAUUUCAACUAGAACAACCAAUCUACAAAAGAUAUAACACAGUAUCUUAAACUACAAAUUUGUUUAAUAAUUCAUUCAAAGCAGAUA